GAGAUUGAGGGGAAGGGAGAGAGCAAACAAAGGGGUCAGGAGGGAAAAUAAUGCACUGGCUUCCUGAGGCCCUGCAGAGGCUGGGCAGGGAGAGGGAGCCGGGGCAUAGGGAACAGGGGCUGGCGGCAGGCAGGCGGGUCCUAAAUGGCAUUGUUUGAAGGGGCCAGCUAAUUGCAUAGCACAACCUAAGCCUCAGACCCCAGUCCCAGCCCCCUCCUCUGCCCUGGGUGCUGGCUUCUGAGCCUUUGGGGCUUCCUGGGCACAUGGAACCAAGUCCUGAGCCUCUGAGUUUGGUGAGGGGGCAGGCUAUGGGGGCAGCCUGGGUGGGGUCCUUGGGCAGGAGUAUCACCAUAAGAAUCUAUCAGGGGCCUGUCUCAGCCUAAGGGCAUAAAGCCAAUGUUGGGAGGUUGGGGUGUGUGUUGCCUCAUGUUCUUGCUUCCAUUCUACCCUACUCAGCCUGGCCUUCUCACACAGGAAACAAUGAAGGGAGACACAAGACAGCUCAACGGAGAGGAGAAUGCCAGCAGGAGGGAAGACUCCAUCAUCACCAACGGGGCUUGCAGCGACCAGUCCUCCUACUCCAAGGACGCCCCUUCGCCCCCAAUCCUGGAGGCUGUUGGCACCCCGGAGAUCAGAGGCCGCCGAUCAAGCUCACGACUAUCCAAGAGGGAAGUUUCCAGCCUGCUAAGUUAUACUCAGGAUCUGACGGGUGACGGAGAUGAAGGGGAAGAUGGAGAUGGUGCUGACAUACCAGUGAUGCCAAAACUCUUCCGUGAAACCAGGACUCGUUCUGAAAGCCCAGCUGUACGAACUCGAAAUAGCAACAGUGCCUCCAGACGGGAGAGGCACAGGCCCUCCCUACGUUCCACCCGAGGCCGGCAGGGCCGAAAUCACGUGGACGAGUCCCCAGUGGAGUUCCCAGCUACCAGGUCCCUGAGACGACGGGCAACAUCCUCAGCAGGUACACCGUGGCUGUCCCCUGCCAGCCCCUACCUCACCAUUGACCUCACAGAUGAUGAUGUGACACCCCAGAGCAGCAGCACCCCAUACAACAGCCUCAUCCAGGACAGCCAUCUGGAGAACUUAGAGUCACCACAGGUGGAUGGAGAGGGUAGAGAAACAGACGGCACUGAGUAUCAGGAUGGAAAGGAGUUUGGAAUAGGCGACCUCGUGUGGGGAAAGAUCAAGGGCUUCUCCUGGUGGCCCGCCAUGGUGGUGUCCUGGAAAGUUACCUCCAAGCGCCAGGCCAUUGCCGGCAUGCGCUGGGUCCAGUGGUUUGGCGACGGCAAAUUCUCAGAGGUCUCUGCAGACAAGCUGGUGGCCCUGGGGCUGUUCAGCCAGCACUUUAACCUGGCCACUUUCAAUAAGUUGGUCUCUUACAGGAAGGCCAUGUACCACGCCCUGGAGAAAGCCAGGGUGCGAGCUGGCAAGACCUUCCCCAGCAACCCUGGAGACUCCUUGGAGGACCAGCUGAAGCCCAUGUUGGAGUGGGCCCAUGGGGGCUUCAAGCCCACUGGGAUUGAGGGCCUCAAACCCAACAACAAGCAACCAGAGAACAAAACGCGAAGGCGCACAGCUGAUGACUCCACCACCUCAGACUACUGCCCCCCAACCAAACGCCUCAAGACAAAUUGCUACAACAAUGGCAAAGACCGUGGGGAGGAAGACCAGAGUCGAGAGCAAAUGGCUUUGGAUGUUACCAACAACAAGAGCAGUCUGGAAGAUAGCUGUUUGUCCUGUGGUAGGAAAAACCCAGUCUCCUCCCACCCUCUCUUUGAGGGUGGGCUCUGCCAGACAUGUCGGGAUCGGUUCCUCGAGCUGUUCUACAUGUACGACGACGAUGGCUAUCAGUCCUACUGCACUGUGUGCUGCGAGGGCCGUGAGCUGCUGCUCUGCAGCAACACGAGCUGCUGCCGGUGCUUCUGUGUGGAGUGCCUGGAGGUGCUGGUGGGCGCAGGCACGGCGGCGGAUGCUAAGCUGCAGGAGCCCUGGAACUGCUACAUGUGCCAGACACAGCGCUGUCAUGGCGUCCUGUGGCGCCGGAAGGACUGGAAUGUGCGCCUGCAGUCCUUCUUCACCAGUGACAUGGGGCUUGAAUACGAAGCCCCAAAAUUGUACCCUGCGAUUCCUGCAGCACGAAGGCGGCCCAUCCGAGUACUGUCUCUGUUUGAUGGAAUUGCAACAGGGUACUUGGUCCUCAAGGAGUUGGGCAUCAAAGUGGAGAAGUAUGUAGCCUCUGAAGUGUGUGAAGAGUCCAUCGCUGUUGGAACCGUUAAGCAUGAGGGGAAUAUCAAAUACGUGAAUGAUGUCAGGAACAUCACAAAGAGAAAUAUUGAGGAAUGGGGCCCGUUUGACUUGGUGAUUGGUGGAAGCCCAUGCAAUGAUCUCUCAAAUGUGAAUCCUGCCCGGAAAGGCCUGUACGAGGGCACAGGCCGACUCUUCUUUGAAUUCUACCACCUGCUGAAUUAUACACGCCCCAAGGAGGGGGACGACCGGCCCUUCUUUUGGAUGUUUGAGAAUGUCGUAGCUAUGAAGGUUGGCGACAAGAGGGACAUCUCGCGAUUCCUGGAGUGUAACCCAGUAAUGAUCGAUGCCAUCAAAGUGUCUGCUGCUCACAGAGCCCGAUACUUCUGGGGUAAUCUGCCAGGAAUGAACAGGCCUGUGAUAGCAUCAAAGAAAGAUAAACUCGAGCUACAGGACUGCUUGGAGUUCAAUAGGACAGCAAAGUUAAAGAAAGUACAGACAAUAACCACCAAGUCGAACUCGAUCAGACAGGGGAAAAACCAACUUUUCCCCGUUGUCAUGAAUGGCAAAGAAGAUGUUUUGUGGUGCACUGAGCUAGAAAGGAUCUUCGGAUUCCCUGUACACUACACGGAUGUGUCCAACAUGGGCCGAGGGGCCCGCCAGAAGCUGCUUGGGAGGUCCUGGAGCGUGCCUGUCAUCAGACAUCUCUUCGCCCCCCUGAAGGACUACUUUGCCUGUGAAUAGUCCCUCGCCAGGCGCGCUGGGGGCACUGAAGAGGGUGGUGGGGGCAGGGCCAGGACCCAGGAGGUGGGCUUCCCCAGCUCUGCCUUGCCUCAGUUCAGCUUUGUGGGGUCACACUGUGUACCUGUUUACUUCCCUGUCAGUGGUAGCAGAGCCACCCCUCCCUUUCCAACAGAGGGAGGCUCUUUGGAGGGCUUCUGUUGCCUCACGCCCAAGGUGCCAUCUACUUGUACACAACUCAGACCUGGCUGCUCAGAGCAGCCAAACUCGGUGCUCGUUUUUUCUUCUAAAACUUUAAAACUUGAAAUAGGUAGUAAAAUAACAUUUUUCUUUUUAAGCCCUGGGUUUACCACUCAGAGAAACAAUGGCUAAGACACCAAAAUGGCAGUGCCGACAGCUCUCCAACACUCAGGUCCACGCAGGAAAAUCACCUAAGGCAGUUAUUGCAGGAGUGUAAUUACUGUUCGUUGUCUGCUGUUCCGUGUUACGGGGCAUGCAGCUGUGAACAUGCAGUGAAGGGACAUCUAAAGGGCCCAGGAAUUUUUUUCUUCCUUCUAGGGCUAGCAUAAGAAGAAAUGAUGUAUAUGUCUUGAAUUUCACGUGGCACAGGCCCCUUGUCUCAGUACAAGGGCUAGAGUCUGCUGUCCAUGUAGAAUAUUUUCCAGCGAUGAUGAUUUCAGCAGGGAUGAUGUCAUCAUCACAUUCAGGGCUAUUUUCCCCCCAAACCCAAGGGCAGGGCCACCCUUAGCUAAAUCCCUCCCAGUGACUGCAAUAGAACCCUCUGGGGGCACUCAGGAAGGGGUGAGCUGAGUUACAAGCUGCCAUGUGUUAUGUAGACGAGUACUGCUUCUCCAUAUUCUCCCCACGUGAGAUGAACGAGGGAGCUUAGGGAGCUUAGGUUUAACCCCCCCCCCACACACAAAAAGAGCACCCCACAGACUUCUCUUACUCAGGCACAGGUCCCCAGAUUAGAAGUAGGACAUCCCAAUUCCUCAUCCCUUUUCUAAACUCAGAAGCAGUAAUAGCCAGGGGCAGAAGAAGCACAUUCUUCAUGCUUUACCCUCAUCUCAGAGAUGGCAGGGGAAAAACUGCAAUCAGAGCUUGUACCUCCCUCCACAGAUUUUAAAAUCCCUUUUUAUGCUGCAGUAAGUCAUUUUUAAGGGGAAUGGGAGGUCAGACAAGGUGCAUUUCAGAAAUGCUGCCAUAACGGUUUAAUAACUUUUACUGGUGCUAUUUUGUAGACUAAGGAACAGCAUUGACACAUUUUGUGGGUUUUUUUUAAUACACUUUUUAAAAAACUCAGACUUUUAUUUUUAUGUUUAACAGUUUCAUAAACUUUUUUUUUGGUAACAAGCCACACAAGGAUGGGGAAAAAUCUGUGCCUUGUCUCCACAGUUUUACAGAUUUUAGGCAGAAAGACAACGGAUGCCUAGAGUUUACCUUAUGUUUAAUUAAAAUCAGUAUUUCUCUAACAGUCUGCUG